AUGCCUGAGUCGUCACUGUACUUAACGAAGUUUGAGCAUCGCGCCGUCAUCAAAUUCCUCGUUAAAAAGGGGAAAACAGCAAAAGAAAUUUUUGAAGAAACUUCUAGUGUAUACGGAGAAUCUGGAACGUCGUCAGCCACGGUUAAACGAUGGACACGCCUAUUCCAACAAGGCAGAGAGACUCUGGAAGAUGACCUCCGCUCGGGUCGGCCGAACACCGCAGUCACCGAUGAAAACAUCGAAAAAGAUAAUUUGGAAGAAAUUUGCACUCGUAUUGUCACCGUUGAUGAAACGUGGAUCCGACAAUAUGACCCAGAAUCAAAACAGGAGCCAAUGCAGUGGAUAGAGAAGGGGGAAAGACCGCCGAAGAAGUUCAAGGUGGAAAAAUCGGCUUCCAAACUCAUAGCCACCAUUUUUUGGGAUUGCGAAGGAGUUUUGCUCAUAGAUUACCUUCCAAAAAAAACUACAAUGAAUGCAGAGUAUUAUGCUGGGCUUUUAAAAAAAGUUCGCGAAGCCAUUGUCGAAAAAAGAAGAGGUAAAAUCAGCAAAGGAAUUUUGUUUUUGCAAGACAACGCGCCGGUUCACACGGCGCGCAUUGCGAGGCAAGCCUUGCUAGAAACUGGCUUCGAUGAAGUAAAUCACCCUCCCUAUAGUCCAGAUCUGGCACCUAGCGAUUAUUUUUCAUUUAAAAAUUUGAAAAAAGACUUACGGGGACGAAGAUUUGGGGAUGAUGAAGAGAUGAAGGUGGCCGUUAAUGAACAUUUUCUAGCCAAAGACGCGGGUUAUUUUUUAUCAGGGAUACAAGCCCUCUAUAAAAGAUGUCAAAGGAACCUGGUGACCCAAGUGCAUGGCGUGAUGCUCUGCGCUGCGGUGUACGUCAUGAUACAUAGAGCGUCCCUCGUGGAGGCUAUUGUAUACAACUUCGGAUAA